AUGGGUUGUAUAUGUUCAAAAGAGUUUUGGGCUAAUUACAAACCUUUGGAUCAUGAUCACGUAGGAUCUAAGCUUGUUGCUGCAAACGAUGCCAGCGAAUCGACCUCCUUUUUAGAUUUGGACAUAAGAGAAGAUCGCCAACUUUUACCUAUUUGUGAAACUGUUAGUCGAAUACAGGAUACUAAUUUAAAUGCAUCCGUAAAGUUGUCAAAUGAGCAAUGUGUCUUAUCUUAUGGCACAAAGGAGGGUGUAAUGCGAAGUGCUGCCCUUGGGGUGUCCGAGUUGAAAGGGAGACGCAUAUGGGUCACGUUUGAAGAGAAGUCUCGGUCAGAACAGGAGGAAAUAUUGCAAUAUCUUUAUAUGAACUGGCAGGAUCUCCAACAAGAUUCUUCGGUUGUUGAAGCGUUAAAGGAGACCAAGUUUGUAACGGGUGCUGACGGAGACCUACAUAAACCCAAACACUUGUUUGAUCCUGCUGAUGAACUAUUAACAUCAGUUUUCUCUGGUGAUGUUCAUAAGUUUCCCGGAGAAAGGUUCAUUUCAGAUGAAUGGCUCAACAUUUUGAGGAAAACCGGACUUCAAAACACGAUGGAUGCUAAUGUUGUGCUUGAAUGUGCCAGAAGAGUAGAGUUUCUUGGAGCCGGAAGUAUGAAGCAUGUAGUAGGGGUUGUAGAUAACGACAGUCGAGACUUUUCUGAAACUACAAACGAAGUUUCUGCGGAAAUUUGGUCCUUGGCUGAAACUCUUAUCAAUGUGGUAUUAGAAAGGUUUGCAUUUUUGUAUAGCCACAACUUCUGCAAUAUAUUUGGCAAGAUUGCAUGCAUCCCUGCAGAGUUCGGAUUCCCUUUUGAAAGCGGAAAGAAAGGGGUUAAAAGAGUGCUUUGUUCAUACAGUGAAGCCGUUUUGUUGAAAGACUGGCCCCUUGCAUGGACCAUCGCUCCCAUCCUUACCACAGAAAGCUUGGUUCCACCGGAGUACUCUUGGGGAGCUCUUCAAUUAAGUAGCCCCCCUCCUUUUACUACAGUUUUAAAACAUUUGAAGGUUGAGGUUUGGUGUUCCGACUCGGUCUUUCUUUAUAGUGAGGAAGCUUGUUAUGAGGUACUUAGUUAUCUUGACACAACUUGGGAUACACUAUCUUCCUCAGAUAUAUCGGAGUUGCGGGAUGUAUCAUUUAUUCCGGUGGGCAAUACGACACAGUUUGUGAAUUGUAGCUCUCUUUUUUACCAUUUAAAGAUAGACAUUAGACCACUUGCAUUUGAACUUCCUUUACGCUACCUGCCAUUUGUGAGGAUUCUUGAAGAACUCGGACUUUAUGAAACUCUAUCUAUUUCUUCUGCAAUGAUGCUUCUUUCAUUUCUUCAUAACUCUUGUCGUCAUCAUCGUCUUGGUCCAAAUGAACUUCGGGCAGUGAUAGAAAUUCUACAUUUUCUCUAUAAUGAAAUAACAGAACGUCAGAAUCCAGAUAGAUCUGAUUGGGAGUCAUUGUUGGUUAUUCCUGAUGAUAGUUGCAGACUUGCUCAGCCAAACUCAUGUGUAUAUAUCGAUGCCUAUGGCUCUUGGUAUGUGAAACAUAUAGAUACUUCGAAGCUGAGAUUUGUUCACCAUGAUGUUUCAGAGAGAUUGUGUUUGACCUUUGGCAUAAGAAAGCUUUGUGAUGUUGUUGUGGAGGAGCUCGAUCAUGCUGCACACUUUCAGACCCUUGAUGGUAUUUGGUCGAUUGCAUUGACUGCCAUCAGACUAAAGUUGUUAAAUAGGUCAUUUCAGGUUGCUAUAUUUAGUGUUCUCAACAGUGUCUUCAGCAGUACCAGCGACUCUGACACUCCCGAUUUUCAGUCAGUACAAAGAUCACUUGAAUAUGUUGCCCAAAGAUUGCAAUUCGUACAGUGCGUCUACACUCGGUUUUGGCUCCUUCCAAAGUCGCUAGAUAUCACAUGUCUUUCCAAGGAAGUAAUGAUCCCAGAGUGGGGAAAUAGAUCCAGUCAUUGUGCCCUAUACUAUGUAGACCGUUCAAGGACUUGUAUGCUUAUUUCUGAACCACCUAGUUACGUCCCAGUUCUUGAUCUUGUUGCACUUGUUGUGAGCCAGGUUUUGGGUUCUCCAGUCCCACUUCCCAUUGGUUCACUAUUCCUCUGUCCACAAGAUUCUGAAACUGCACUUAUUGAUAUUCUCAGACUUUCCUACGAUGAAAGAGUGAUGGGUGGUGUGGGUCCUGGUACUAGUUUUAUUGGCAGGGACGUAAUUCCUCAAGAUGCCAUGCAAGUGCACCUUACACUUCUAAGACCAUACCACAAAGGAGAGAUAGUGGCAUGGCAAGGACAAAAUGAAGAGAAGUUGAAGUAUGGGAGAAUCCCUGAGGAUGUAAGAGCAUCAGCAGGGGAAGCACUCUAUAGAUUUAAUCUUGAAACUUCUCCUGGGAAGUCUGAAACUAUAAUUUCUUCACGCGUUUUCUGGUUUGGAAAUUUCUCAAUUGGUCGCAGGUCUUCCACACAGUUGAUGCCCCAAGAUGAUACCUGUUUUGAGCAACCUGAUGGGUCUGGUAGAGUGAAGUUAAGUAAUCAGAGACAAGCAAUUAUAGAACUUGAGCAUACUAGUGUAUUAAAUGAAGAGUUUGCUCAAGCAGUUGAAGAGAUGUUGUGUGGUGCUGGAAUCAGUCUGGAUACGGAGAUGCAGAGCCUCAUCCAAACAACACUGUCCCUGCACGAACAAUUAAAGGAAUCUCAGGCAGCAAUUCUGCUUGAGCAGGAAAAGUCGGAUAUGGCAACAAAGGAAGCUGAGAUGGCUAAACUAGCAUUGCUCUGCCGAAUAUGUUUGACCAAUGUAACAGAUAUUACUAUAGUUCCCUGUGGGCAUGUUCUAUGUCUUGGAUGCUCAUCUGCUGUUUCCCAUUGUCCAUUUUGUCGGGUCCAACUUUUGUCAACAAUCAAAAUUUACUGGUCUUGAUGAAUGGAAGUGGUAAAGAUACUAAAGAAGCUUCUUACGGAUGUAGUGCAUCAUUGACCAUUUGACCAAGCAAAUGAAGUUAGCCUUCACGUUAUUUGGGUUAUUGGUUAUGGAUAUUCACAAAUCAUGCGGAAGAGUGAAAAAUUCGAAUGACGCUUAGAUCCUUUUGCAUUGGUGAAUUUAUGCAACGGAUGUCCGUUUUAACCCAUGGAAGGUUGUUCCUUUAUUGUUUCGUCGGGAUCUUAUUUUUUAUAUUAGUAGGUGUCAUUAGUUUAUGUGUUCUAUCACUUGUGGUCAUGGAAGAGUUCUAUUCUUAUUUUUCUAGUUCUUGCGUAGCAAUUCUUUUUCUUACUUUAAUAUAAUUAUAAUGCCGUUCAAUUGGCAGACCAACCCACGAGGUCUGAGUCCACCACCACACAAUCCUGAACCGGGUAAAGCUCUCCCAAAGGAAGAGUG